AUGUCUGCUACCACCGUGGACCAGAGACCUAAAGGACAAGCAAAUAAAGUACAAAACGGAUCAAUGCAUCAAAAGGAUGGUGUGAACGAUGACGACUUUGAACCUUACCUAAGUGGCCAGACAAAUCAAAAUAAUAGCUAUCCACCAAUGUCUGAUCCUUAUAUGCCUAGUUACUAUGCUCCAUCCAUUGGUUUCCCCUAUUCCCUGGGAGAAGCAGCUUGGUCCACAGCUGGAGAUCCUCCAAUGUCGUACCUAACUACGUAUGGACAGAUGAGCAAUGGCGAGCCCCAUUUUAUACCUGAUGGAGUGUUCAGCCAACCAGGAGCUCUUGGGAAUACUCCUCCUUUUCUUGGUCAACAUGGCUUCAACUUUUUUCCGGGAAAUGCAGACUUUUCCACCUGGGGUACCAGCGUCUCUCAGGGUCAGUCCUCACAAAGUUCAGUAUACAGUAACAGCUAUGGAUAUGCCCCCAGUUCACUGGGUCGGGCCAUCACCGAUGGACAAGGAGGGUUUGGGAGUGACACUCCACUCAGUAAGGUGCCUGUGUUGAGCAGCAUCGAGCAGGGUAUGGCAGGGCUAAAACUGGGUACAGACAUGGUGGCCGCAGUGACAAAAACUGUUGGUUCACCUUUAGGGGGAACCCCAGGCAUGAGUAGUAUGGCAGCAAACAACCUACCCCCGUCCAUGAGCUCCUCUGCACCUAAGCCUGCCUCCUGGGCAGCUAUUGCCAAGAAGCCUGCCAAACCACAACCUAAAGUCAAACCAAAAGCCAAUAUGGGUAUGGUGGGAGGAGUCGCCAUCCCUCCACCUCCCAUUAAGCACAAUAUGAACAUCGGGACUUGGGAUGAUAAGGGCUCCUUAAACAAGGCUCCAUUAGCACAGGCAAUGAUGCCCACUCAGCAGCUGGUGCAGCAGCCACUCCUGGCCCAGCCCCCACCAUUACUGCAGAACCCCCUGGCCCCUCAGCACCAACCACAGCACCAGACCUUUCAGCUGCAGUCGCUCCAGUCACCCCAACACCCCCUGCCCCCUGGUCCCCCGCACCUCCACAUCCCCUCUCAAACAGGACCCCCUCAACACCUUCAUCAUCACCAUCACCAUCAUCAUCAGCCACCCUUGCAGCCUGGCCCACCCCCGAGUCGCUGGGUGGCUCCUAGGAACCGAGGCGAUGGCUUCGGUUUUGGUGGGGGGGUCCCAUUGAGUGCUUCUCCUUGCUCUGGAGAAGUGCAUCCUGUUUUAGAGAAACUUCGGGCUCUCAACAACUUCAAUCCCAAAGACUUUGACUGGAACUUGAAAAAUGGACGUGUUUUCAUUAUCAAGAGCUAUUCAGAAGAUGACAUCCAUCGUUCCAUCAAAUACUCAAUCUGGUGUAGUACAGAACAUGGAAACAAGCGCCUGGAUGGGGCCUACCGCUCCCUGGGCAGCAAGGGGCCGCUCUACUUGCUGUUUAGUGUCAAUGGCAGUGGGCACUUUUGUGGCGUAGCCGAGAUGUGCUCCUCUGUGGACUAUAAUGCCUAUGCAGGUGUAUGGUCUCAGGACAAAUGGAAGGGCAAGUUUGAAGUGAAAUGGAUUUUCAUUAAAGAUGUGCCUAACAACCAACUGCGGCACAUUCGACUAGAGAACAAUGACAACAAGCCAGUGACCAACUCCAGGGACACACAAGAGGUGCCCCUGGAGAAGGCCAAACAAGUGCUAAAAAUAAUCUCCACUUACAAGCAUACCACCUCAAUCUUUGAUGAUUUUGCACAUUAUGAAAAACGUCAGGAAGAAGAGGAGGCUCUGAGGAAGGAACGCAAUAGAAGUAAACAGUAA